UUUUUAAAUCAAAGAUUCACAAAUUGGCUGUUUCGCCCAAGAUUCUAUAAUCCCUUUUAGCUAUACAUAUAUAUAUAUGUGUUUUGUGGGUGUGUGUUCUUCGGCGCAGAAAGCAGAACCAGAUUGCAGGAAAAGUGAGUUCAGGCGAAAAUGGCGAAUCCCCAGAAGCCAUGGAAAGUGGAGUAUGCAAAGUCUUCUCGAUCCUCCUGCAAGACCUGUAAGAAACCCAUUGACAAGGAAAACCUCCGCUUCGGCAAGAUGGUUCAGGCCACCCAAUUCGACGGCUUUAUGCCUAUGUGGAACCAUGCUUCCUGCAUAUUGAAGAAGGCAAAGCAAAUCAAAUCAGUCGAUGAUGUUGAAGGACUUGACUCACUAAGAUGGGAAGAUCAGCAGAAGAUUAGAAAAUAUGUAGAAGACAGUGCAGCCGCAGCUGCAGUUGCUGAUACGCCAGUAGAGUGUGGCAUUGAAGUAGCGCAAGCUUCUCGUGCUGCUUGCAAGCUAUGUAAACAGAAGAUUAUGAAAGGAGAGGUUCGUUUGUCCACUGCACUGGAUGGGAAAGGGGCCAAGGGCCUGGCUUGGCACCAUGCAAACUGCUACAUGGAACAAUCUCCAUCCACCCAAGUUGAGAAGUUGGCAGGUUGGCAGAGCCUCCCAGCUUCUGAUCAGGCUGCUGUUAGUGCCUUGAUUAAGAAGCUUCCAUCUACUGAAAAUAAUGAACCGAGACAGGCAGCUUCAAAAGUUGGUAAACGUAAAAAAGAUGCUACUGGAGAUCAGGAUUCUAAAGUUACCAAGGCUGUAGGAGAUGUUUCAGUGAGCAGGUCCAUGAAAACUGCUAGUGACUCACCAGAUUCUCAAAAUCCAUCUUCUCUAGCGAGUAAACUGGAGGCACAGACUAAAGAACUAUGGAAGCUAAAAGAUGAUCUGAAAAAGCAUGUGACAAAUGCAGAGUUGAGAGAAAUGCUUGAAUCUAAUGGUCAAGAUUCAACAGGAUCAGAGCUUGAUUUGCGUGAUCGCUGUGCUGAUGGUAUGAUGUUUGGAGCACUUGCAAACUGCCCUAUCUGUUCUGCUUCACUCCGUUACUCUGGGGGAAUGUAUCGUUGUCACGGAUAUCAGUCUGCAUGGAGCAAGUGUAGCUACUCUGCUCAUGAACCAGAACGCAUUAAAGGGAAGUGGAAAGUCCCAGAAGAGACUGGGAACCAAUAUCUUUGCAAGUGGUUUAAAUCGCAAAAAGUUGCAAAACCUAUUCGAUUAUUGCCACCACCAUCUUCCAGUAAUGCUAAUGGUAAUCAAGCUUCUAAUAGUCGAUCACAAUCAUCAAAGGCUGAAAGCUUGGCUGAGCUAAGAGUCGCCUUCAGUGGGUUAAAAGACUCCAUGGAAGAAUGGAAAAGAAAAAUUGAAGGUGAAGGUGGAGCUGUUCAUGCCAAGAUAAAGAAAGGUGCAGAUACUAAUUGCUUGGUUGUGAGUGGAGAUGUGGAUGAAUAUAAUUUAGAAACGAGGAAAGCAAGAAAGAUGAAGUUACCUAUAGUACGGGAAGAAUAUCUGGUUGAAUGCUUUAGAAAACAAAAGAAGCUUCCGUUUGAUAGAUACAAAGUUGAAACCACUGGUGAGUCCACCAGCAUGGUCACUGUAAAGGUGAAAGGGAGAAGUGCGGUGCACGAAUCUUCGGGCUUGCAGGAUACAGGUCAUAUUCUUGAAGACAAGAAAAGCAUCUACAAUACAACUUUGAACAUGUCGGACUUGUCUACUGGUGUUAAUAGCUACUAUAUUCUCCAAAUCAUUCAAGAUGAUAAGAGUUCAGAUUGCCACGUUUUUCGCAAAUGGGGUCGAGUUGGAAAUGAGAAGAUUGGUGGAGUCAAACUUGAAGAGAUGUCGAAAUCAGAUGCGAUCCGUGAAUUCAAACGUUUAUUCCUUGAGAAGACAGGGAAUCCAUGGGAGGCCUGGGAACAGAAACAAAAUUUUGAGAAGCAACCUGGCAGAUUCUUCCCUCUGGAUAUUGAUUAUGGAGUGAACAAAGAUAUGCCAAAGAAACAGAAGAAUUAUUCGGCAACUAAACUUGCUCCUCAAUUAGCAGAAUUGAUGAAGAUGCUGUUCAACGUGGAAACGUACAGGAACGCUAUGAUGGAGUUCGAGAUAAAUAUGUCAGAGAUGCCGCUUGGAAAAUUAAGCAGAAGUAAUAUCCAGAAGGGUUUUGAAGCUUUAACAGAAAUCCAAAACCUGUUAAACAGUAGUAUUCAUGAUGGUUCUAUGAAAGAAAGCUUGAUUAUUGAUGCCAGCAAUCGGUUUUUCACUGUGAUUCCUUCCAUCCAUCCACACAUAAUUAGGGACGAGGAUGAUUUCAAGUCUAAGUUGAAAAUGCUGGAAGCUCUCCAAGAUAUCGAGAUCGCUUCUAGGUUAGUUGGGUUUGAUGAUGAUAACAACGAAUCUCUUGAUGAAAAGUAUAAGAAGUUGCGGUGUGAUAUUGCACCGAUAUCUCAUGAAAGUGAGGAUUACAAGUUAAUAGAGAAGUAUCUUGUCACGACUCAUGCCCCAACUCACAUGGAUUGGGGUCUGGAGCUCGAAGAAGUAUUUUCGUUAGAGAGAGAAGGGGAGUACGAUAAGUUUGCUCCAUUCCGAAACAAACUAGAGAACAAAAUGCUGCUAUGGCAUGGUUCACGGUUGACGAAUUUUGUGGGGAUACUUAGCCAGGGACUGAGAAUAGCUCCUCCGGAAGCUCCAGCAACUGGGUACAUGUUUGGGAAGGGAAUAUACUUUGCGGAUCUGGUGAGUAAGAGUGCGCAGUAUUGCUACACGGACAGGAAGAAUCCGGUUGGGUUUAUGGUGCUGAGUGAAGUGGCGUUGGGAGAGGUGUACGAGGUCAAGAAAGCUGAGUAUAUGGAAAGGCCACCUCGGGGGAAGCAUUCGACGAAAGGAAUGGGGAAGAAAGUACCUGCGGUGUCGGAACAUGUGAAGUGGAGGGAGGAUGUGGUGGUGCCGUGUGGGAAACCGGUGGCGUCCAAUGUGAAAGCUUCGGAGUUAAUGUACAACGAGUACAUUGUUUACAAUACGGCUCAAGUCAAGAUGCAAUUCUUACUGAAAGUGAGGUUUCAUCACAAAAGGUGAGAAGACAGCCCGGCGGAGGGGAAGUUGUACAGCCUGCAGAUCAGAAACUGUUUCUCCAUUUUGUUUAUAUAUCAGAAAGAAUUGAGCUCUAUUGAACUCCAUUUUGUGAAAAGUCUUGAAAAGAUCUCAUUUUGAGGAGACCCAGUUGGAGGGGAGAUCUUGUAAAUGUAGUUUGGCACUGCGAGAACAAGUUCACUGAAACAGUGUUUGAAAUAUCAUAAAUGACAGAACGUGACAUGCAUCAAUUUGUCAAAGAUGCCAAAAGCGUAAUCUGAGGAAAUUGAACUUGAAACAUGAAUUGCUUAUGGUUCAAGGCUAAGGCAUGGGGUGGGAAAUCCUAAAAGGGCUUGCAUUUGCAUGGCUGCCAUGUGUGCUGCCAAUUAAAUGUUGCUUGUAUUAUAUGCCUACGCCUACGCCUAUACAAGAAGCUGGGAAAUUGUGGAUAGAGAGAGAAAUAGGAUCACCAUUACAGCAAAAACCAAGAACCAAAGGUUAUUUUGCUGUGAAAAUGUAGGUGGUGUUUAAUGACAUGGGAAGAUGGAGGCAGCCAUUUUCUUCAGUUUGGUGACGAUGGAUCAAUCUGUGAUGCCCCUUUGCUUCUCCAAGAGAUGUGCUCUUUCCGAAUUUGUUUGACCAUUUUAAGACUCGACUUCCAAAGGCUUUAGUUAUUGCACAUUUUGGAACCAACCAAACCAUUGUGUCCCAUUUUGGCUUCCCCAAAGUCAAACUGUGUCUCCAACUCCAACAGAUUCUCAUUAAUUCCAGGUCCUACUUCAUUGCUUUAA